CUGCAGUUUGACCAUACAGGUUUCUUUGCUUUGUAUUCACCGCCAACAAACACAGCAGCACAAAUUGCACGACUUAAACCUCCCGCUCCUCCUCACCUCUUUCCCUCCUUCACUCUUCUUGUCCUACCUUACGUUUUCACCACAUUGACCCCCAGCCAUUUUGGUCUGGAACGGCUUGAACUUUCACUCAAAUGCCCGACAUGGCGCGUUACGAUCCAUUUUCACCUACUUUCGACCAUCCUCUACUGAAUUCCAGUCCUGAUUACAGCUCACGGAACGGCUCAUUGAGAUCCAGUCGCCCCAAUGGAGACCUUGGUGAUGUCACAAACCAAAUGUCUUUUCGUGAACGAAAUAAACGGCUGCGCAGCCUGGAGACGGAGAGAAAUCAGUUGAUCGAGGAACUAUUGUACCAGCUUGACAGUACUCAGAUUCAGCUCGACCGACUGCAGCUUGAGAACAGCAGAGAAGCCCAAUAUAACAGAGAGGGUCAUCUGCGAGAAGCCACCCUUCAUGAACAACUGAUUCAGGUCAAGACAAUUAUGGACCGAAAUCCUUUCGUCACAGUCCUCCUCGAUGGUGAUAGUAUGAUUUUCACAAAAGAGUUAUUGUCAAAGGGUGAAAAGGGUGGUAAAGAGGCGGCAAAUAUGAUUUUUGAUGCUGCGACGGCCUUUACGGCAGAACAUCUCCAUCACCUCGACUCCCCCAAGAUUCUCACACGAAUUUAUGCCAACGUUAAAGCAAUGUCCGAAACCUUGACGAAAAUGAAAAUCAUCGAACGCCCGUCGUUGUUCGAAGACUUUGUGCGCGGCAUGAACAGCACUCAAUUGUCAUUUGACUUUGUCGACGCCGGGACCCGACCUGACGGUACAAAAGAAAAGGUCUUUGACCAGUUCAGGACCAAUCUCUAUGAUUGCCAUUGUCACCAAGUCAUUCUUGGUUGUUCGAGCGACAGCCGUUAUGCGAGACUGCUUGAAGACACAAUAAAGGAUACCACCGUGCUGAGUCACAUCACUUUACUGGAAGGCAUACCAUUUGAAAAAGACGUCGCCACGUUGAAGGACAAUUUCAAGACUGCAAAGUUUGACAAUGUGUUCCGGGCCACGAAGCUGGCUGCUACAUCUGGGAUGCCGAAAGGGCCACUACAAGCAGUCACGGCAACCUUGCCCGCUCUUUCGCGGGUCGAGUCGAAUGGUACGAACGGGUCGACGUCAAGUUCAAGCACACCGGCCUUGACUUGGGCCUCGUUGACAGCGCAACCCUCGGCGCCGGCCUCGAAAGCGCCCAGCACCACGCGGACGUCGACGCCAACCUCGAUGAAAAGUCCAGAGGCUGUCGUUGCGAAGCCUGUGAGCAAGACAAUUGAGAGAAACCGGCAGGGCCAACGCAUUGACAAAGUUGACUGUUCCAUCCCCAAUCACGAGAUUCAGCGCAUCAAGAAACUCAAGCUUUGCAACAUUUUCUACCUCCAGGGUACUUCAUAUUGCACAACCAACAACUGUUCUCACUCGCACACUUAUCCUCUUUCAAAGGGCGAGCGCAACGUGUUGCGGGAAGUUGCCCGCAUGACUCCUUGUUAUUACAAGUUGGACUGUACGGAUCCCGAGUGCAUCUAUGGGCACCGAUGUCCUCAAAACAAGCCAGAUGAGUCAGGCUGCUGGUAUGGCGAGGACUGUCGGUUCUUUGGCUGGGGCCAUGGCAUCGACACCAGGGUGGUGAAGACGACCAAGGUUUGACUCAAGCUGGCCAGGCGAAGAGAAGUCAGUCCGUGGCGGCGCUGGGCAUGAUGUUUUCGUUCACGACUCUGAUCUCUAAACUCUCAGCGGAUGCUUUUCGUCAGGAGCGCUACACACUUUGUUUCAAUAUAUUCCCUGUCCUUUGCGUGGUCUUGAAGCAGAUCUCUCGGCACGACGGCCACUAUUAUCUGGAACGUGAUUGACGGAGAGCUUUGUCCUUACCAGCAGAGGCUACGGUGGAAGUUUCAAGUUUCUGGGACCCUAGAUGUCGGGUUGGUAUCACGGCCAGUCGGAGCCAGGCGCAACAUGUGUGGCAUGUGUAUGUCCGAGCCGGGAAAGUACAAGGGGGAUAGAUAUACAGACAGACCAUGGGCUCGCGCCAGAGCAGGGAGGGAGAGGAGGAGGGGACAGCACAGUUUUGCCUGAUAAGAUACCCCCAGUCGUAUUCUUCGUAUGAAUCAAGCCAUUUAAAUGCC